UUGACACCGACAGCUAUUCAACCCUCCGAGGUCAUUACUUCCACCUUCUUGCGACUACUGCAAAACAAGCUCCACUCCUCCACUUUCCACCACCACUUCUGUACUUCCCCUGGCUUAACUCGCGCCUUCUCUCUUUCUCUCUUCUCUUCUCUUCUCUCCUCCCCUCCCGUCCGACCUACCGUGCCUUUUUCCUCUUUAUCGCUUUCUGCUACUCUCUUCUCUUUCUCUUUUUUAUUCCCAUCUCCUCUCCCGACCGGUUCUUUCUUGAGACCAAUCCGCCCGCUCCCGCCUACCUACUUUCCAGGCCUGACAUGGUUCACUCAACGAGCGAAGAACGUGCUGUACAUCUGACUCGAGAGGCUGUUGAAUUGGUAGAUGCUGGCCACCGUGAGGCCGCUUCGCGGAACCUUCGAGAAGCUCUCGCCCUAGCGCCUGAGCACCCAGCAGUCAAAGAAGCUUUCCUGAAAAUCCAGGAAGAGGAGGGAAAUGGUCACCACCUCCUAGACCUUUGCCGUCGCUAUACUUCAGGGAAGGACGAACUCGCGGGCAAAGAUGCCGCCCUCUACUUGCGCACCGACGGCCUCAAACCGCCCGAGGAGGUCGCACUGGAAUGUGUCAAGUUUAUCUUGGCACAACACCCACAUGCCUUGUCUUCGCUGCAGGACGACAUUAUCUCCGGUCUAGUCCGCCAGAGCACAAGCGUGCGCCAGCACUUCUCCAACCAGCUCCAGGUCUCCGUCACCACCUUCUUCGACGAGAUUUACGAAAGAGGCGAUGCCGCUGCAGUUUGCCUUGAUACUGUUGUCCUAGAUCCAUCCGUAUGGCCAUCGCAGGACGCUCGCUUGCACUGUGAGCGUGAGCUUUUCCAGUUGUUCAUCGCCAAGCUCAUGGAGUCUGGUCACGAUAUGGAUGGUCGCUCUCUCAAAGGAAUCGCGCGUCUGCUGGCUGUCGAUGCGGUCAAACUGCAGGACUUGGUGGAUGACGAAAGUCUCGACGUGAUUCUGUCGUCUCUGGAUUCUCGCCUACCUCUCGAAUGGAGGAGUCAGGCCACGCUGGCGACAGUGAGAUAUUUGGAGGUCUCGAGAGAAGUGGGCCAGAGCCGAUUCUCCAACCUAGUUACCACCAAGGUGAUCAAGGGCCGCAGUGACGGCUUGAUCGAGGCCUUCUCGGCAACAGCCGCCGUGUUCCCUGUCAUCCCGGAGGCUGCCGCGGCUCUUUUCCUUUCGGAGAGUUUCCUGGCUGCUCUCGCGCCCUUGACUUCCAGAGAUGCGAAAAGCCGAAAGGUUGAGACACCGUUCUUGGAACUUCUGAAUGCUGCCUGCGUCAACAAAGCUUGUCGCGAGGCCAUUUUCAAACAUCUGUCCACCUGGCUCUCUCAUCUGCUUACCAAUGGUAGUGAUCAGAGCUCUGAGUUAGCAGCGGUCAUCCUUGCUAAGGUUCGGACUUCCGCGCAGGUCGCGCCCUCUGAAAACAACGGCAAGGUCCAGGAUGACGACAUCCGGGUCAACGAGCUAGUUGAUCGAUUCAAGGAAUCGAUGUCGAAGCGUAAGGGUGAGAACAUGGCUAAUGUCUUUGAGGGGUUGGCGUUUGCCUCCGUCAAGCCUGCCGUGAAAGAGCAGCUUGCCAAGGAUCCAGCUUUCCUUCAGAACCUCAUUCGAGUAUUGCACGAAAAUUCUACCGUUCCGUCAGUCCUCUAUGGUGGCUUCAUGAUCAUUGCAAACCUCACCCAAUUCCUUCCCAACCUGACAGAGGAGCAGAAGAAAGUAUCACAGCUCAAGUCAUAUGCUGAAGCAUCCCCAAAGGCCCGCAAUGGCCCCGAUCCUCUCGACGAUGAGCAACACGUCAUCGCUCGUUGCACCGCACUCGUCGAAGCGGGACUUGUCAAUCUCCUUGUUGACUGCUUUAAAACAAGUCUGCCGUCUGUGCAAGUUCUCAUGAGCAAAAUUCUCCUCUCCUUGUCUCGCGAUCGGAAGUCUCGUGGGACCCUAGCGCAACAGGGUGCUGUGAAGUUGUUGAUUAGUAUGUCGACUGUGAAGCAGGGCUCAACUCCCAACGAAACCGUUGGGAAUGCUUCUCAUGCACUGGCGCGGAUUCUGAUCUCUGUCAAUCCCGCGCUUGUUUUCCCGAGCUCUGGAUUCCCUCAAAUUACCUCUGCCAUUCGACCUUUGACCGCACUUCUUUCCGCCCCAGAGACAAUCAGUCUUUCCACGGAGCAGCCGCGGGACUUGCUCCCAGUCUUCGAAAGCAUGUUGGCUCUGACCAACUUGGCGUCCCACCCCGACGAGACCGCCCCUGAUGCUAUUGUUCGUCAGGCCUGGCCAGUCAUCGAGGAUCUCCUUCUCUCCAACAGUCCACUGGUGCAGCGCGCAGCCUGUGAGCUAGUCUGUAACUUGAUGACCUGCGAAUCCGGGGUGGUGAAGUUUGCGGACGGCUCGAAACGUGCUGCUCAACGUCUACAUAUCUUGUUGGCACUCACCGAUACGGAUGAUCUCGCCACCCAAAGUGCCGCCGGUGGGGCCCUUGCCAUGUUAACUGAGUUUGAUGCAGCUAUCGCGGGGAUUCUGGAACGACCUCGUGGCGUUCAGUUGUUGCUUGGGCUAUGCCAGGAAGACGACAACGGGCUUGUACAUCGCGGAGUGGCCUGUGUCAGGAACUUGACCUGUCUUGCCACCGGAGACGUUGGUCGUCGGGCUCUGGAAGCGGUCAAGUCGAACGGUGGCAUCGACAUCUUGACGAAUGUGCUGAAGAAGACCAAGGAUCCCGCAGUGCUCCAAGUCGGUGUCGAAGCUCUCAAGCCUUUGGUGGCAUAAUCUUCCUGCUGCAUGGGGAGUUUAUCAUGUUGACCUUAGCUUGUUUUCGGUGUUUCCUACCUUUCUUUCUUCGUGAUUUGUUCGAUAAAGCGUUGUGAGUUUGUGAUUUCAAGGCUCGCGUCAAGGGUUUGGUGUUCUGUGGGGUUGUCUGGUUUUUCAUGGCGUUUAUCACCUGCCUGCCUGACCUCUGGUGUUAUGACGUGUUGUGUGAUCUUUCUUAACGAAUAUAACUG